GUUACAAAGGGCGGGCGCGGCCGGGCCGGGCGCAGAUGGGCGAGCGCGGGGGCAGCGCGGGGGCCGCGGGCCCGGGCGGCGGCGGCGGAGCGCCCGGCCCCGCCGGCGGCAACGGGGGGCCCCGCCGGCGCCGGGGGGCUCCCCACAAGCCCGAGCCCGCCUCCGCGCACGGCGACGGCGCCGACGAGCUCGCCGGGGACUUGAGGUGCCACAGGGUGCAGGAGUCCCUGCUGAGCUCGGCCAGCGGCUACAGCAACUACCGGGGCGUGCUCAACUGGUGCGUCGUCAUGCUGGUGCUGAGCAACGCGCGGCUCUUCCUGGAGAACCUCAUCAAGUACGGCAUCCUGGUGGAUCCCAUCCAGGUGGUCUCGCUGUUCCUCAAGGACCCCUACAGCUGGCCUGCCCCUUGUCUGGUCAUUGCGGCCAACGGCUUCGCCGUGGCGGAGCUGGCGCUGGAGCGCCGCCUGGCGGCG